AUGGCAGACGUGAUAUUCGACGAUAUGUUCAUGGUCAAGAACAUCGAUCCCGACGGCAAGAAUAUGGAGUUGAUUUUGGACGUGAAUGCGCAAAUUUAUCCUGUCAGCCUCAACGACAAGUUCCGCCUGAUGAUCACCACAUCUGUUCGCGACGAUGGGAUGCCCGACGAAGGAGAACACGACCCUCAGGCGAAUUAUUCGCGGGUUGCACAGUUCGAAUACGUUAUGUUUGGACGUGUUUGCCGGAUAGAGGGCGACGAUUCAAGGUCGGACGGAACCCCUUAUUGCUGCGUAUGCGUCCUUCGGAAGCUUAUUGAUGAGACUGAAAGGAGAGGUAUGGUAUUCAACCUUCACGGCUUUGGAUUGGGCUCCAAUGUCUACUUGCUCAUCAAGAAAGCAGAGUUCUGA